CAAAGGAUCAUUGGGCAUUCCUGGAAGAAUGGGAGCACCAGGAGAGCCAGGUCUGUCUAUCAUUGGCCCACGAGGACCUCCUGGACAGCCCGGUACUAGAGGAUUUCCAGGCUUUCCGGGCCCCAUCGGUUUGGACGGGAAACCCGGACAGAAUGGUCCAAAAGGUGAUAUGGGUCCUCGUGGUCCUAAAGGAGUACCAGGUGAACCUGGUCCAAAAGGAGAGAAGGGUGCAUGCGGAGAGUACACUCACAGGCAGAUGCUGCCCUUCACCGUCCGCAAAAUGCCCUCAAUAAGCCCUCUAAUCCUAAAGCACCUCAAGCAGGGUGAGCCUGGAGCACAAGGACCACCGGGACCUCCUGGCCCCCCAGGCCCACCUGGGCCUCUUGGCCUAACUGGGGCUAAUGGGCCCCCGGGGAAACCUGGAGAACCUGGAAAACCUGGAAAAGACCCAAAGAUGCUUCCAGGGCUUAAGGGUGAACCUGGUGUACCUGGACAAAAGGGUGAUCGUGGUGAAGCAGGUCCAAGUGGACCAGAAGGCCCCAUGGGAAUUAAAGGAGAUGAAGGACUGAAGGGCGAUCAAGGAAUGGAUGGGCAGAGAGGAGAGAAGGGUGAGCUAGGGAUGCCUGGAAUGCCUGGGAAACAAGGAGUGAAGGGAGAGCCUGGUUUUCCAGGUGUCCCUGGGCGAAAGGGUCAGACAGGUGUUUCUGGUAUCCCUGGAAAACGGGGCUACAAGGGAGAGAAAGGUGAACAUAGUGCUGCAGGAACUGGCAUUAAAGGAGAGCCAGGUGUCGCAGGACAGCCAGGUCAAGCUGGACCCAAGGGUGAGAAAGGUGAUCAAGGCAUAAAGGGUGACCCUGGCCUGGAAGGUCCAAGGGGUCCACCAGGCCCAACUGGAGAGCCAGGAAAAACUUUAAUCAACAACAACGAAAAUGAUAUUCGCAAUGUGCGUUCAAUGGGUGCUCCUGGUCUACCUGGACCUCCUGGGCCUCCAGGUCUUCCUGGGACCCCAGGUUUGAAGGGUGAUGUUGGACUUCCAGGUCCCCCAGGUGUUGAUGGAGAAAAGGGUCCAAGAGGAAAGCCGGGAGAACAUGGACCCAUCGGUCCUCCUGGACCAGAGGGACCACGAGGAGAAGGAGGAGUCAUGGGUUUCCCUGGGCCAAAAGGAGACAAGGGAGACAUGGGCCCCUCGGGAUCACCUGGUUUAGAUGGCCCUACUGGAGAAAAGGGGGUUUCAGGGCCCCCUGGCCAUAUUGGAUUGCCAGGCCCAAUGGGUCAGAAGGGUGAACCUGGGGAGAAAGGAGAUAAAGCAGAGCUGGUCUAUGGGCCUGCUGGACCUCCAGGACCUGCUGGGCCAGUUGGGCCAAUGGGAUCUCCAGGUUUGUCAGGACCAAAGGGAGAGCCAGGAAUAGGCCUGAAAGGAGAGAAGGGAUCAUCUGGACAAAAGGGAGAUAAAGGAGACAGGGGCCAUCUUGGACUUCCUGGGGCUCAUGGUUUAGACGGCAGGCCUGGUCCAGUGGGUCUGAUAGGACCAGCAGGAGUUCCUGGACCUGCAGGACCAAAAGGGGAAAUGGGGGAAAAGGGUGAUAUGGGAGUAGCAGGACCAAUUGGGCCUCAAGGCAUCCCUGGUUUAGUAGGACCACCGGGAUUAAAAGGAAUCAAGGGGGAGAGGGGCAAGAAAGGCAACAGGGGGGCCAAAGGGGAUAAGGGAGACCAAGGAGCCCCUGGAUUAGAUGCCCCGUGUCCGUUGGGUGAUGAUGGUCUGCCAGUACCAGGGUGUUGGAAUAAAUGACGUUAAUUCCUGAAUGCCAUGUGUGAUUGUAAAUAGAAUAUUUAUUUUUGUACUUUUUUUCGGCAUUGAUCUGUUAUAUUGAUGGAAAAUACAGCAAACCAUAAAAUACUGGCAGGACUUUUUUGUACAGAUGUUUAUUUUUAUUACCAGUAAUGUUGUUUAUGUAUUGGACUUUAUACUGUACCUAUGCAUUAUGUCAAAAUGUUUUCGAGGAAGAAAUAUACUGUGGCGGCAUAUGCAUGAUAUUUGUGCAUUAUGUUAACUGAUAAGUGCCUAUUAACUUAUUGUAUCUUGGUGUUUUAAUGUGUCGUGUCGGACCACGCUGCACUGAUUAGUGGGGCUGGAGUUAUAAAUUGGCCUUGUUUGUAGGAGGAAACCCGUUGCUCUGAGAUUAACAUGUUCACAUCACAACUUAUGAACUUACACUGUAACUGCAUAUGUUUACAGAAAAAUUUAAAUGACUUAUUUCAAAGUCAGUAGGUUUCUACAUGCAGUGUAAUUAUUAAGUGAGUUGUUUCAGUGCAUCAGUUCUAAAGGUUGCAUUGAAUGAUUUGUUUAGUGAGCAUUUCAGUUUUCUCCAUAAUCACCAGUUGAUAUUAUUGCAAAAACUGCAUUUAUGGCUUUAUGUACUGAAGGAAUGACUGAAUUUUAAACAUGCAGUGCUUUGUCUUUAUGGCCCUUGUGUAAAUAUGUUAAAAAAAAAACAUGCCCCUGUUAAGCAGCUGUUUUCUAUUUCUUUAUUUUUAUUUCUGACAAUUCAAUAGUAGAGGUAAAUACAAUUUACACAUGGGUAAUAAAUUUUUUUUUUAUUUUUAAGUUCAUAUCAUAUAUUGCUGCUCACCUUCAUGCAGACAUUUGUGUUUGCUAAUAAGCAUCUACACUACCAUUUAAAAGUUUUGGGGUCAGUUUUUGUCUCUCGUUUGUUUUACAGUGCAUCCUAAAAAGUAUUCAUAGCGCUUCACUUUUUCCACAUUUUUUUAUGUUACAGCCUUACUCUAAAAUGGAUUUAAUUCAUUAAUUUCCUCAAGAUUCUACACACAAUACCCCAUAAUGACAAUGUGAAAAAAGAUUCUUUGAACUUGUUUCAAAUUUAUUACAGUAAAAAACCUGAAAAAUCACAUGUACAUCAGUAUUCACAGCCUUUGCCGUGAAGCUCUAGAUUGAGCUCAGGUACAUUCUGUUUCCACUGAACAUUCCUGAGAUGUUUCAGCAGCUUAAUUGGAGUUCUCCUGUGGUAAAUUCAGUUGAUUGGACAUGAUUUGAAAAGAUAUACACCUGUCUACAUAAGGUCCCAGGGUUGACAAUGUCAAAGCACAAACCAAGCAUGAAGACAAAGGAAUUGUCUGUAGACCUCCGAGACAGGAUUGUCUCGAGGCACAAGGCUGGGUAAGGUUACAGAAAAAAAUUCUGCUGGUCUGAAAGUUCCAAUGAGCACAGUGGCCUCCUUCAACCAUAAGUGGAAGAUGUUUGGAACCACCAGGACUCUUCCUAGAGCUGGCCGGCCAUCUAAGCUAAACGAUUAGGAGAGAAGGGCCUUAGUCAGGGAGAUGAUCAAUAACCCCAUGGUCACUCUGUCUGAGCUCCAGCGUUCCCCUGUGGAGAGAGGAGAACCUUACAGAAGAACAACCAUUUGUUAUGGUAGAGUGGCCAGACAGAAGCCAUGCUCCCCGCCUGUAUUUUGCCAAAAGGCAUCUGAAGGACUCUCAGACCAUAUAAAACAAAUUUCUCUGGUCUGAUGAGACUAAAAUUGAACUCUUUGGAGUGAAUGGCAGGCGUUAAGCUUGGAGAAAACCAGGCACCGCUCAUCACCAGGCUAAUACCAUUCCUACACUGAAACAUGGUGGUGGCAGCAUCAUGCUGUGGGGGUGUUUUUCAGCAGCAGGAACUGGAAGACUAGUCAGGAUAGAGGGAAAGAUGAAUGCAGCAAUGUACAGAGACAUCCUGAAUGAAAACCUGCUUUAGAGUGCUCCUGACCUCAGACUGGGGCGAUGGUUCAUCUUCCACCCGGACAAUGACCCAAAGCACACUGCCAAAAUAUCAAUGGAGUGGCUUCACAAUUACUCGGUGAAUGUCCUUGAGUGGCCCAGCCAAAGCCCAGACCUAAAUCCUAUUAAACAUCUCUGGAGAGAUCUAAAAAUGGCUGUACACUGUUGCGUCCCAUCAAACCUGAUAGAGCUUGAGAGGUACUGCAAAGAGGAAUAGGCCUAAAUUCCAAAAGACAAGUGUACCAAGCUUGUGGCAUCAUAUUCAAAAAGACUUGAGGCUUUAUAUACUGCCAAAGGUGCAUCAACAAAGUAUUGAGCAAAGGCUGUGAAUACUUAUGUAUAUGAGAUUUUUUAGGUUUUUUAUUUUUAAUUAAUUUGCAACAAUUUCAAAAAAAAUCUUUUUCACAUUGUCAUUAUGUGGUAUUGUGUGUAGAAUUUUGAGGAAAUAAAUGAAUUUAAUUAAUUUUGGAAUAAGGCUGUAACAUAAACAAAUGUAGAAAAAGUAAAGCGCUAUGAAUACUUUCCGGAUGCACUGAAUGUCUGAAAAUUACGUUUAUUCAGCAAAAAUGCAGCAAGUUGGUGGAGUGACAUAAAAUGAUUUUAUUUCUGCUGAAAUGUGUACUUAUGAAGAGUCCUGGAAAAAAGAUUUUUUUUCUUUAAAGAAGCUGAAUGUGUUUUUUUUAAGAUGUUUCUCGCAAAUUAUAUUACAAUUAUUUCUAAAGGAUCACACUGAAUAAAUGGCAUUAAAUACACUAAGCUAGAAAACAGUUGCUCUAGAAUGAUUUUGAUCAAACACCUCAAGCUAAAAAAUAUACAUUAUCUCCAACCCCAAAAUUCUGAACAGUAGUGUAUGUCCUAGAUUACCUCAACUAUUAAGUACAAAUGAACAAUAAAAGCCCGGAUUUGUUUUGUUUCUUCAGUGUUGAAGUUUAUUGUGUAGGAUUGCUGCUGCUUACAUUGACAAGCUAUUCCAUUUUGGGUUCCAUUUUUUUGCCAGUUAAUAUUAAGCAUGGUUUGUAAUCAUCGUCUAUAACGUUUUUUUAUCUGUCUGUAAUACCUCAUACUAACAUGUGCCUUAAUGCUUUUACUCUGCCAAAGUAGUUUUGAGACAUAUCAACAGUAAUGUCAAAGAUGCUAUGCUGUCAACAUGAGGAAUACAAGAUAAUAAAUGGCUGUAAAAGGUUCAGCCAAAAUGUUUCCUA